CCGAAAGAAGAAGAAGAAGAAGAUUAACAGUUAAAUAGUCAAGUUGUUGAUUAGAUUUCAGCCCUCUAACAUCAUCAAAUAUAAUUAAUAUAAUAAUAACAUUUUUAAGUUACGUUGCAUAUAACUUUGCAUUUAACAUUAGUCUAUUAUGAAAAAAGGAGAAAAAAAUUAUAGCCAAAAUCAAAGCUUUUUUACUUGGAAUGAUUACACAGAACCUGCAGUCUCAUACUAUGAGCUUAAUUGUAAUGUAGAGGCCUGCCUUCAAAGAGACUACAAUGCCCAUUACUAAAUAGCCAUUACAGACUUACAGGCAUAGCAACCCUACAAUUUUCACCUCUAGAACAUAACAAAUGCAAUAAUUAUCCAUCUUAAAAAAUGUUAUGCAUAAAACAACAGACCCUUUUUAAUGCACAGUGAAGGCAAAUUAUGUAUCGCAUUGUCUACAGAAAUUGUCUACAGACGUUACAUAUAUGUAUUCAGAUUACAGUAUUUGAUUAACAGGUGAGAUCAUGGACAUAGGAUGUAAUGAUCCGCAUAGCUAAAACAAUCCACCUCCCUUUAAAUUUCACUUGGUAUGUUCUUCACCUCAUGUGCAUCAGAAAUUUCCACUAAAGAACAUAGCUUUUUUAUAUGAGUAUGUAAUUUUAAAAUUAAUUUACACAAAAUAUUCCAUAAUGAGAACACUACUACUUCUAAUAACAUUAUUAAUAUUAAUAUUAGUAAUAUAAUUAAGUUUCUGUCUUUGUGGGGUUUCACAUGUAUUCCUCAUAUCUGGGUUAAUUUGUUCUGGUUCUCAGUGUUCUUCCAUCUGCUGUGCUUCUUACAAGAAUCUUCUCUAGUGGUUAAUAAAAAUGAAUGAAUGUCACAUUAAUCAUAUCUGAGCUGUUUAGUGACGUUUAAACAACUUAUUGCUUCAUACAAUCAUGUACUUUUCUUUUACAAACCGGGAUAUUCUUUGUUUCAUGAAAUCAGAAUGUAUCAAUGUUGUUUCCCGUUUUCCAUCCUCCAUAUCUGUGGGUGUGACCCUCAGAGGGAAGGAUGGUUAGGGUUUCAGCCAUCCCUCUCCAACUCUCUGAACCUCCUCCUGUGGCUGCUGGAAGGAAAAGAGGGGGAGGGAGACAAAGCCUUCCAGGCAACAGCCACAGAGGAAACGGAAGGGACGAAACAGAAAACUAAUUUCAAAACUUCAAGUCUUUGCUCAAGCAUUGCUGUCUGGGAUCAUCUUCACCUUUUUCAGAUUUUUCUACAGACUUGGUUUGAAAAUUCAACCUUUGUUUCUAAUCUGCAGUUGUUUCUGUGCUUGUGAGGAAAAAAAGCCUCCACCCUAAAGAGAAGGAAGACCGCUAAUCCACUGUGAGGAGAUGUCCCCCCAGCCACAGGUGACAAGGAAUUUCCAGGAGUUCCUCAAGAGCUUCCUUGGGAUUGUACGGAUCCUUCAGAUUCUCCUGGGAGCUGGUCUUUGGGUCACUGUCGCCUCCAGCAAGUAUGAGGGCUCCGUUCACUUUGUGCUCUUUGUGGCCGUGCUCUUCUGGCUUCUUACACUCGCCCUCUUUUUUCUCACUCUGCUGAACAAGCAGGACCUGGUGCCCAUCCUAGGAGGAGAUCGCUGGUUGUUAACCAAUGUGAUACAUGACGUAGUCGCGACAUUGCUUUAUUUGUCUGCGAUUGGCAUUAUGAUCUACAAAACGUCAAAGAACUCCUACUGCAAUUUACCACAUUACAAGCACCCGUGCCUGUACACCGUCUACCUCACUGGCUCCGUGUUCGCCUGCCUGACUGCUAGCGCCUACCUUCUCACAACCAUUUACGGGUCCUGCAGAAAGUGCCGGGGUGAACAGACUGUGGUGUGAAAACCCAACACAGGACACAUGAGGGAUGGGGGAGGGAUACUGCUCUUUCUCACAGAGAGCCCUGAGAGGAAGAAAAACAGCCCUUUUGCAGGGCGCACACAGCUGGCUUAUGAAAAAAAGAUCUUUCAAUUACUUUUAAAGCAAAGGGUUUGAUCCCCUUAUCUCAGGCUUCCAGCCCAACAUGCAAUCGGAUUCGCUGAGUUUGUAGCAUUUUGAAAUCAGUUUUUAUGAUCACAUAAAGAAGUGUCUUUUUCUAAGCAUAAGAUUGAAAUGGUGGUGUAUGUGUGCAGAGUCUAGCAGAAUGAAUCAUUUGUCAAGAAUGUAUGACAAUAUCCUUUGCUUAACAGCAACAAUGUUAUGUAAAAGUGUCUAUAAGUAUUUAUAUCUUACACAGAGCAAGUGUCAGUUUGAAGAAAUAAUGAAUAAUAAUAAUAAUAAAAAAGAUCAUCUGAAAA